AUGGCGACGGCUGUACUAAAAUAUCCUCCCGAACCACAGAAGGUUUAUAGGGAUGUGGAUAUAAAACAAUUAACUAAUCCAAAUAUAUAUGUUGGGAGUAGUGGACCUAUAACUGUAACUAAAACAAAAAAUCAGUCGAGUGAGUAUAAUGAAUCUGUUAUAACUAUACCUAAACCACAUCAACUUAAUGGGGGUGUUAGAUUUAAACCUACACCACAUCAAUUUAUUGGGGGUAUUGAACCUUCAACAACUGUACAUAAACCACAUCAAUUUAUUGGGGGUAGUGAACCUACAACAACUGUACCUACACCACAUCAAUUUAUUGGGAGUAGUGGACCUAUAACAACUGUACCUAAACCACAUCAAUUUAUUGGGGGUAGUGGACCUAAAACAACUGUACCUAAACCACGUCAAUUUAUUGGGGGCAGUGGACCUAUAACAACUGUACCUACACCACAUCAAUUUAUUGGGGGUAGUGAACCUACAACAACUAUACCUAAACCACAUCAAUUUAUUGGGGGUAGUGGACCUAAAACAACUGUACCUACACCACAUCAAUUUAUUGGGGGUACUGGACCUAAAACAACUGUACCUUCACCACAUCAAUUUAUUGGGGGUAGUGAACCUAAAACAACUGUACCCAAACCACAUCAAUUUAUUGGGGGUACUGGACCUAAAACAACUGUACCUACACCACAUCAAUUUAUUGAGGGUAGUGGACCUAAAACAACUGUACCUAAACCACAUCAAUUUAUUGGGGGUAGUGGACCUAAAACAACUGUACCUACACCACAUCAAUUUAUUGGGGGUAGUGAACCUAAAACAACUGUACCCAAACCACAUCAAUUUAUUGGGGGUACUGGACCUAAAAUAACUGUACCUAAACCACAUCAAUUUAUUGGGGGAAGUGGACCUAAAACAACUGUACCUAAACCACAUCAAUUUAUUGGGGGUAGUGGACCUAAAACAACUGUACCUACACCACAUCAAUUUAUUGGGGAUAUUGGACCUACAACAACUGUACCAAACCCUCAUCAAUUUAUUGGGGGUAGUGGACCUACACCACAUCAAUUUAUUGGGGGUAGUGGACCUAAAACAACCGUACCUAAACCACAUCAAUCUAUUGGGGGCAGUGGACCUAUAACAACUGUACCUAAACCACAUCAAUUUAUUGGGGGUAGUGGACAUAUAAAAACUGUACCUAAACCACAUCAAUUUAUUGAAGGUAGUGGACAUAUAACAACUAUACCUAAACCACAUCAAUUUAUUGAAGGUAGUGGACAUAUAACAAUUAUACCUAAACCACAUCAAUUUAUUGAAGGUAGUGGACAUAUAACAACUAUACCUAAACCACAUCAAUUUAUUGAAGGUAGUGGACAUAUAACAAUUAUACCUAAACCACAUCAAUUUAUUGAAGGUAGUGGACCUAAAACAACUGUACCUACACCACAUCAAUUUAUUGAAGGUAGUGGUCAUAUAACAAUUAUACCUAAACCACAUCAAUUUAUUGAAGGUAGUGGACAUAUAACAACUAUACCUAAACCACAUCAAUGUAUUGAAGGUAGUGGACAUAUAACAAUUGUACCAAAACUACAUCAAUGUAUUGAAGGUAGUGGACAUAUAACAAUUAUACCAAAACCACAUCAAUUUAUUGAAGGUAGUGGACAUAUAACAAUUAUACCUAAACCACAUCAAUUUAUUGAAGGUAGUGGUCAUAUAACAAUUAUACCUAAACCACAUCAAUUUAUUGAAGGUAGUGGACAUAUAACAAUUGUACCAAAACUACAUCAAUUUUUUGGUGGUAGCAGACCUUUAAUAACUGUACCUUAUGAAUAUGAACUUUUUUGGGGUAGCGGACCUAAAACAACUGUACCUUAUGAAUAUGAACUUAUUUGGGGUAGCGGACCUAAAACAAAUGUACAUUAUGAAUUUGAAUUUAUUUGGGGUUGUGGAACUGUAACAACUGUCUCUACAAUUUAA